AUGUGUUGCUCCAUCGACAGCCCUGAUAGUUUAGAAAACAUCCCAGAAAAAUGGACCCCAGAAUUCAAGCAUUUCUGUCCCAUCAUCCUGGUUGGGAAUAAGAAGGAUCUUCGUAAUGAUGAGCACACAAGGCGGGAGUUAGCCAAGAUGAAGCAGGAGCCAGUAAAACCUGAAGAAGGCAGAGACACGGCAAACAGGAUUGGUGCCUUGGGGUACAUGGAGCGUUCGGCAAAGACCAAAGAUGGAGUGAGGGGAGUUUUUGAACUGGCCACGUGA